AGCCCAACGAGAGGUCACGAUGGACAGGUGCAUCAACCUCCUAAGGGCCGGGCAGUUCGCGUCGGAUCUCCGGUCGACCGUUGGCUAACGUCGAGCAAUCUCUAGUCCUCUUCCUUGAUUUCGCGCACCACGUCAGCUCUGCCAUCCCAUCCCAUCCCAUCCCAUCCGCUGCCAUGACCGUCGACUCACCAGCGCCCCCCCCACCGCACGAUCCCCCGCUCCCCGCCAUCCUGACCUACCCCUCCUCCUUCGCCUCCUCCUCUUCCGACGCCGCCGCGCCCGACCCCGGUCCCCCUCCGCCGACGCUCGUCGCCCAGGGCGCCGAGGCCUGCCUGUACCGCACCACCUUCGUCUCGCCGUCGCUGCCCUGCGCGCUCAAGUACCGCCCGCCCAAGGCCUGGCGCCACCCCGCCCUCGACGCCCGCCUGACGCGCCACCGCAUCCUGGCCGAGGCCCGCGUGCUCGCGCGCUGCCGCCGCGAGGGCGUCCCCGUGCCCGCCCUCUACGCCGUCGACGAGGCCGCCGGCUGGCUCGCCGCCGAGUGGAUCGACGGGCCCCCCGCCCGCGUCGCGAUCAACCGGUGGCUGGCGCGGCGGGCACCGAAGAGCAGGAGGAAGGGGGGGAGAAUACCGGCCGAAGAAGGGGACGCUGCAGAUAAAGAGGAUGAGGGGGACAACGACGACCGAGCGGAGCCCGAGGACGCCGCGCCGAUAACGGGCGCCGACCCGGAGGACAAGCCGCUCGUCGAGCUCCUGCAGCGCAUCGCGAGCGCGGUGGGACGCCUGCACAAGGCGGGCGUCGUGCACGGCGACCUGACGACGAGCAACAUGAUGCUGCGGCCGCGGACGAGCAAGGCGACACCCACACCCAACCCCUCCCCCUCCACCUCGACCACUCCCCAGGCCGCAAAAGACGGCAUCGACAAGCAAAAUAUCGCCGCCGCCGCCGCCGAUGACGACGCCGCGACUCUGCUCGAAGGCGACGUCGUCCUCAUCGACUUUGGGCUCGCCAGCCAGGGCACCGGGUCUGGGUCGGGCGCCGGCGCCGGCGCGGGGUCCGACGAGGACCGCGCCGUCGACCUGUACGUGCUGGAGCGCGCGUUCGCGAGCACGCACUCGCGCGCCGAGGCCCUGUUUGCCGCCGUCCUCGAGUCCGCCUACGCGGCCUCGUACCCGGGCGCGCGCGCCGUCCUGCGCAAGCUCGACGAGGUGCGCAUGCGCGGCCGCAAGAGGAGCAUGGUCGGGUAGGGGCAGCCGUGGAUCUGCCCCCCUUCCGCCCGGGGGACGGGAGUUAUCGCAUCGUGUGCGUGGGUGGGGAACAUCGUUGAUGCAGUGACGGCUUGGUCGUGAGCAUGUACGACGGGCCCGCGUGCUAAGGCAGGGGAGGAGUAAAAUGGGCUGGGACGGAGUGGGAGCGGGCAAAGUUAAUGCUGUUACUAACGGGUACCCUUGCAGAAAAA